AUGAAUGAGCUCACUUAUAACUCUCAGAUGAUGAUGAUUUUAAGCCUAGUUAAUCAAUCACCACGGUCAUCUGCAUGGCAAACCUCUGCAAAGAAAAUGAGAGGGCCAAAGCUAUUUUCCGACGGCUGGUUCGUUCUUGGUGUUGUAGAAAUGAGACUUUAGGAUAGCAGUAGUGCGUGAUGUUCCCUAGCAACCGUAGCACUCCGAGUAUUGAAUGUAGGGGGGUAAUGGAUAUUUUAUAGGCGGUGGAUGAGUGAUUGUUUCAUUAUUGGACUUUAUGAAGUUUAUAAAACCCAUGUUAUUUUGAUAGCUGGGGAAAAAUAUGCAUUUAAUGCACUACUUAAAAAGUACUCCAAAUGUGUUUUUUGGCAUAAAUUGUUCCACCUGCCCACACGAUAUCACUCUGAUAUAUAAAUGUGGGAGUUGAAUUUUGUCGAAGUUCAGGAGUUACGCUACACCAGCAUGCAGAUGACUUCAGAGCUAGCAGUCGGCAGUCACUCCUCUGGAGCGCGGACACAGAGACGCGGGCGGGAUGUCAUCGCGGCUCUCCUUCUCUCAGUACCGCUUAGAGGCGGAGGUCGAGCGCUGCCGCGCGGAGUGUCAGUGGGACAAAAUACCGUCUUUACUGGAGCAGCUCGCUGCCGCGCGCCUGCACGACGACGAUGAUUACAGGACGCUGCUGCUGGCAGAAGCUCUGUUGGAAGAAUGUCUACUGGAGAACAUGACCCUGCUGAAGAAUUCGACGUUUCUGACUGAACAAUCACAGCCUAAACUAGCCCGAGCCAAAGCUCACCUCGACAGCAUCCUAAGCAGAGGACGCCUGGAGCCGCACUACCUGAAUGAAGCUCUGCUCCUGCUGGCUAAAGUGCAUUAUGUUCAGGGACGCUACAGGGACGCCCAGGGCAUGUGUGCCAGAGCAGGUGUGGAUGAUUUCACCCGCCACGAGAAGCCUGUCUACCAACUACGCAUGCUGGCAGAGGCCUUUGUCAUCAAAGGUUUGUCUUUGGACCAUCAGUCUAUGUCAGGUGCUUCCCGUGUUAGACUGUCCGAGAGAGAGGAAGAGUGCCUGUCCUGUUACCUCAUGGCCUGUGAUGCUGGCCUGCUGUACCUGCAAGAGCUUGACAAGACUGUUUGCACGCCAAGUUCCAAAACCGCUAAAAGCGGUUCAUUACUCCAAAAUUUUGAUGUGGACCCAGGCUUUUUUCUGCAGGCAGCUCUUCAGAGCGCAUACCUGUCGCUGCUGAGAAAAGGUCACUUGGCUCAGGGAACUCAGCAGCUGCGGCGGGUCAUGAGGGCUGUGGAGAGUCGGGGUUCUCAGAGUUUUCGUAAGACAGUAGCAUGCAGACUUGCAGAAGUGUUGCUGGGCUCGGUGUGUGAGGAAGCGUACUGGGGUCCACUGUCUCCUCCACCACCCGGCUGGCUGAAGAGAGAAGGAGCCACACACCCCAAAAACGCCAUCUACCCCUCAUCCAGACCACCACAGCACUACAACACUGAGGGAGCUUUCUGUCCACAGGACGUGGUUGAAGAGGCGGUGCUGGUGCUCCUCAUCACAGAAUCAAUGGCCAGUGGCGAGGCGGUGAUCAGCCGCACACCGGAGCAUCAGGAGGCGAGGGAGAGCAGCAUGCAGGACGCCUCCUCCGUCUAUGACCUGCUGAGCAUCGCCAUGGCCAGGAGGGGGCAGUACGGCAUGCUGUCAGAGUGUUUGGAGCGGGCCAUGAAGUUCUCCUAUAAUGAGUUUCAUCUUUGGUACCAGCUUGGCUUGUCUUUGAUGGCAAGUGGGAAGAACGAGGGUGCUGUGUCAGUGCUUAAAGAGUGUGUAGCAAUGAAACCACAGGACCCCGUCCCACCUCUGCUUGCAGCAAAAGUGUGCAUCAACCAGCUGCACUGGCUGGAGGAUGCAGUGUCCCUCUCAGCAGGUGUGGUUGCUUUAGGGGAGUGUGCUGGAGAGUCCCUUCCUCGAGCUCAUCUGGCCAUCGGACUGUGCCGUAGUCUGCAGGCCUCUGACGCUACGCUGAAAGCCGAUCGCGAUGAGUUCAACAGAAGAGCGCUGCAGUCACUACGGAAAGCACAUGCACUGGACCCUGGAGACCCUCAGAUCUUCUUCUACCUCUCUCUGCAGCUCGCUCUGGUUCGACAGGUGUCAGAAGCGAUGGAGCCGUUGCAGUCGGCUCUGAAUAUUCGUGGGGAUGAUCUGCACUCUCUACACCUGCUGAGUCUACUGCUCAGUGCCCAGAAACACUACCAACAUGCCCUUGAUACGCUUAAACUCGCCAUUAUACAGCACCCGGACAACUUUAAUCUUCUCUUUACCAAAGUGAAGCUGGAGGAGGUUUUGUUCGGACCCGCUGCAGCGUUACAGACCUGUGCAGAAAUGCUGCAGCUGUGGCAGAGUCACUAUGAUUUGACCCGCCUCAGUGAGGAGGAUGACACUAGCAGCAUACCUCCAGAUCCCGGACCGCUGAGCAAGAAACCCAGCGGCCUCCAUCUCACGCUCCCAGACUUCCAGGAGACAGAGACCGGGUCUCAGAGCGCCCCGUCUCUAGCUGUGUCCCGUCUGGAGCAGGCCAUGUCAGAGGUGUCGGCCAUCAGCUCUGCCCACAGGCACGGCCCCGCCUACAUUUGGACCACCCUGGAACGCAUCUGGCUGCAAGCAGGAGAGUUGUUCAUGGCUGACGGGCGGAUGAAGGAAGCUCAGUUCUGUGUGCAGGAGGCAGCAACUCUCUUCCCCGCCUCACACUCGGUGCUGCUGCUCAAGGGCCGCGUGGCCGAGCUCAGGGGCAACGACACGGAGGCCAAGAGCCUGUAUGAUGAAGCUCUCGCCAUCAACCCCAGAGGACACCACAUACUGCUGCACCUGGGGAAGUUGUUGGUGCGCACAGGCCGUGUGGGUCUCGGGGAGAAGAUGCUGAGGGACGCGAUACAGGUGGAGAACACGGCACACGAGGCCUGGAGCGGUCUAGGGGAGGCGCUGCAGAGCAGAGGCAGCGCACAGGCUCCCGACUGCUUCCUCACCGCACUGGAGCUGGAGUCCAGCUGCCCUAUACGGCCCUUCACCAUCAUCCCACGAGAACUCUGACGUCUCUCACACUCAUGCACGUGUGUAUGAAUGACUGGACCAAAUGCUGUUCUUCAAUCACUUUAAUGACACAUACUGUAUAAAAAUAACAUUGCACGUUUAGGCUUUUUACUCUAAUGAAUGGUCUAAAAGUGUUGUCACAUUAGUGAAAUAUCAGCAAAAUUUUGGGGGCAAAAAAGAUAUAUAAAGCAUUGAUCACCCAGAAAUGUCUUUCAAAUCAAGCAGCUUUCCGUUGUUCAGCUCUGGGAAUUUGCAUGACCAACUUGAAUAUGAGAUAGGGAACUUUUUCGACUUGGCAUGAAACUCGUGGAAAUGACUGGAUUUCGCCUGCAAAAUUUCGCCAAGCAACUGUAAAUGUGAACGCUCAUUAAUUCAGUGGAUAAAGGCACGAUCACAUUAGCAAAUUUUAAUGGGCUUAAAAAGUCAAUUGUGAAUUGUAUAUGAAGCACUGCUCACCCAGGAAUUAACUUUAAAACCAGUCAGAUUUCCAUUGCUCAAUAUGGUGAAUUCACAUGAAAAACUUGAAUCUGAAGAGAAAUCUGCAUAUGGAUUGUUUUUGCCCUGACACAAAAUUCUUGAAUUUCUAUUGAAAUGCCUUCGAAUUUUAGCUAGCAACAGUAAAUGUGACUUUGAACACACUGUCACUUUCAAACCAAGCAGCUUUCUGUUGGUCAACACAGCAUAUUUGUGUGAUCAAAUUGAACACAAGCAAAAUGCGCAUGGGCAACGGUUUUGUUUUUUACAUGAAACUUCCAGUCGAAAUGUCCAAUUGGAUUUCUAUUAUAAUGACUGGAUUUCGCAAACCCUCUUUUAGCGUUAAAGAAAAGUACUGUCAGGAAUUGCUGAAGAUGCACAGUGAAAAAAUAUUUUAAAAAAUGAGUUAUUUUUGCGGCUGAUGCAGGCACCAAAUUUUAUGGGACUAGAGUAUUUAAAUGAAUUAUGCAACAUGAUUUACUAACAUGGUUUGCGGUAGUGAAUUUACUACUUUCAUUUGCGCCAUUAUUUACCGCCCCAAAAAAGCAUGUUUUAACACAUUUUGUGCUUGGCAUGGCAUUAUUGCUGCCAACAGGAGGCACCGCAGAGAACAGAGCGUGAGGUAGAAGGGAGUGUUUUUGUAAUGCCAGAGGAUUAGCAUGGACUCUGCUUGUUUACGAUCUUACGCUAAUUUUUCUGCUCUUGGUAGAUUGCGUUGGUCGUCAUGGAAAUAAGAUGUUGCGUCUGUGUUCUUUAUUUAGAGCAUUGUCAGUAAAUCACUUCCAGAAAUUUCCACUCCCAUUUGUGCUUUUUUGGAAUUGUGCUCUAGUGCUAAUUUGCCUUGUUUAGUAAAUCUGGCCCUCAGUCUGGCGGAAGUUAACCAAAUAGCUAACAUCUUUUACAGCUCGUUUAGCAUGAUGAAAAACAUGUUAGCCCAGUGUUUUGUGUAGUGUAAUAAGUCUUUAUUAUUAUAUAAUACACUGUACACACAGCACUAAAAUAGCGCCGCCCUUGUGACCAAAACAUAAACACAACACAGAAUGACUGAACACAACACAUUUUCUUUCUAACUGCAAUAGUUUUUGCAUAUAUGCUGCAACAUGUUCAGAUACCGAGUCUUGUUUCUCAGGGACAAAACUGUUGAAUUCUUGACUCUUUAAAUUCUUUAGUAUUUAUAAACCUAAUAAUCUUCUGUACUGUAUGUUGUUUAAAAGAUUUUCUUCUCAUAAAGAGUUAUUUUGCAAUCCCAGUUUCUCUUGUAUUCAUUGCAUAUCGGUUUCAGUCCUGUAGCUCCAAC